UAAAGUGUUGAAAGUGUGUGUGUGUGUGCAGUGCUGUGCAGAAAGUGCAGUGCAACUGUGCUCCAAAAAGCUCUCCCGCGACGGCGAGGUGGAGGGUUUCACGAGCAUUAUUAAAUUACUACUCUGUGCACGCGCGUCAUCCGGACGGGACGGGGAGGGUCGACCUGUCCCCGUGUGCUCCGUCCGUUGCGACAAAUGUGCCUCGAGAAUGUCGAAUCCUGGAGGUAGCAGGAGGACCGCGGCUACCAAGAUUCGUUUGACGAUCUUGUGUGCUCGCAAUCUCGCUAGGAAAGAUCUAUUUCGUUUGCCGGAUCCUUUUGCCAAAAUAGCCGUCGAUGGUUCCGAUCAGUGGCACAGCACCGACACGUGCAAAGCUACUCUAGACCCAAAGUGGAAUCAGCACUACGAUUUGUACAUUGGAAAAAAUGACGGGAUUACAAUAUCGGUAUGGAAUCACCGAAAAGUCCACAAGAAAAACGGCGGUGGUUUUCUCGGCUGCGUGCGAAUACUGUCGAACACGAUCCACAGGCUCAAGGAUACCGGAUAUCAACGAUUGGACCUCUGUAAGGCCAACUCGGAGGACACGGACGUCGUAAAAGGACAGAUCGUUGUGUCGCUGUUAUCUCGCGAUGGGCACAACGGCGCCGUUAGCAACACCGUCGGCCACAAUGCCGUCGUCGAUCUUCUGGGCGACCUCAGCUGUCCGACCGAUCUGCCGGAAGGUUGGGAGGAAAGAAGAACCCAGAGCGGCAGGCUAUAUUACGUCAAUCAUCACACCCGCACUACGCAGUGGGUCCGUCCAAACUCACGGUCCAACAACGCGAUAAUUCCAACGACGCCGGAACCGCCACCAUGUCUCGAUUCGGCGCCGUCGAGUGUCGGCAACAGUCCAGCAAACGGCCAUAACAGCGAUACGACGAGUAGUAGCACAGCUACUUCACCCACGACGACGGCUUCGACGCCGAGCCGCCAGCAGAGUCUCGAGGGUCAGUCGCCCUCGUGGAACGGUAGUGAAGCCGAUCCGCCACGCGGACAGGCCGCGACGCCGAGUAGAAAUGGCACGCCAGCGAAUCGUAGCGAGCGAUCUACCCCGCGUUCAGCUCGUACACCGAAUGACGAGCAAAACGGUAAUCAGCAGCAGUCGACCGGUGCAGCCAGGAUGGAUAGGGGCAUCAAUGGAGGCCAGUCUAGGCAAAGAUCUAGCCGGUCCAAUCGGAAUAGGAACAACGGUGGUGGAGGAGCUCCUCCGGUCGGCGAAAGGAGGACCGAGUCUCAGCCGACUGAUUUACCACGGGGUUACGAAAUGCGCAAAACGCAACAGGGCCAGGUGUACUUUUACCACGUGCCAACGGGCACGUCGACAUGGCACGAUCCGAGGAUCCCACGCGAUCUUUCGGCAAACGAACUCGAGUUGGGUCCAUUGCCUAGCGGCUGGGAGAUGCGCCAGACGCAGAGCGGUCGGGUCUACUUUGUCGACCACAACAAUCGCACAACUCAGUUCACCGACCCCCGGCUCUCCACUCAGAUCAUCAAUAAUCUGUUAAAACAAGUUCAGCAGAAUGGGGCGAAUCCAUCGGUAAAUAGUAACAACAGUAGUCCAGCGACACCGGCGAGAGUGGAACCGUCUGUAGGAACAACGGCGCCAGCUGUCCAGCCGGCGACUCCACAAAAUGUUAACCAGCAAAGGCCUAGGAUUGAAGGUGCAAGUAACAAUAAUACUCCAACUGUUGAGACGCCACCUACACCUAAUGGACAGACCGUGUCGGAUUUGCCGAAAGAGUUGAUGGAGAGCGAGCUUCUUCCAAAGUAUAAGCGUGACCUCGUCGCAAAAUUAAAGUGUUUAAGAGCUGAAUUAAAUGCCCUUCAGCCGCAGACUGGUCAUUGCAGAUUAGACGUGUCGAGGAAUGAGAUAUUCGAAGAAUCAUACAGACUGAUAAUGAAAAUGAGACCAAAGGACAUGAGAAAGCGUUUGAUGGUCAAAUUUAGGGGCGAAGAGGGUCUUGACUAUGGUGGCAUAGCUCGCGAAUGGCUCUAUCUACUGUCUCAUGAAAUGCUCAAUCCACAAUACGGUCUAUUUCAGUAUUCACGGGAUGAUAACUAUACUCUACAAAUCAACGCUGAUUCUGGAAUCAACCCUGAACACUUGUCGUACUUUCAUUUUGCUGGUAGAAUCAUCGGCAUCGCCGUCUUUCAUGGCCACCACGUUGACGGCGGCUUCACAACACCGUUUUAUAAAAUGCUGCUCAACAAAGCUAUAACGCUCAAUGAUAUCGAGGGCGUCGAUCCCGAUCUGCAUCGCAGCUUGACGUGGAUGCUAGAAAACAGUAUUGACGGCGUGCUCGACGCCACGUUCUCCGUGGAGCACAGUAGUUUUGGCGUAAUCAAGAACCAUGAGUUAAAACCCGGUGGCAAGGACAUUCCAGUGACGGAGGAAAACAAGAAAGAAUACGUCCGAUUGUACGUCAACUAUCGCUUCAUGCGUGGUAUCGAGCAACAAUUUUUAGCCCUACAAAAAGGUUUCCAUGAGUUAAUACCGUCACAGUUGUUACGACCUUUUGAUGAACGAGAGCUCGAGCUUGUGAUUGGUGGCCUUGGUACUAUCGACAUCAAUGAUUGGAAACAAAAUACGCGAUUGAAGAACUGUACGCAAGAUACACCCGUCGUUAAAUGGUUCUGGCAAAUUGUCGAGUCGUAUGGUGAAGAAAUGCGUGCUAGGCUUCUACAGUUUGUCACUGGAAGUUCGCGAGUCCCACUGCAGGGAUUCAAAGCUUUACAAGGAUCAACAGGAGCGGCAGGACCUCGUCUGUUUACAAUACAUGCUGUUGAUGCACCGAGCGAAAAUCUCCCUAAAGCGCAUACUUGUUUCAACAGAAUUGACAUCCCACAAAAUUAUCCAACUUACAAAAAAAUGCUGGACAAGCUUACCCAAGCCGUUGAAGAAACGUGUGGUUUUGCUGUGGAAUAACUCGUGAGUUAUUUGAAUUUCUACAUUAAACAGGUAGCUGCAGUUGGCUCAAUAAACAUGUUAAUUAUCAUCCAAGUAAAAAAUACGUAAAGUCUUGCAUUCAUCUAUACUAUUGAAGAAGAAAAUUGUAUUGAACUCGACGGCAUUAAAUAUUUCAUAGGUGAAAGCAAAAUGAAAUUUUAUGGGAAUUUUUAGAAAAGGAGAAUCAAAAGGAAAAUAAAAAUAGUUAGUUUUCGCACAUACACCUAAACCACCAUUAUUGGCUUCGACUGUACUUUGUCAAAAAAAAAAAAAUUUUUUUUAAUAUGACGCGAUCGUAAAAUUAAGCAAUCCUUUAUGUCAACCGAUGUUCGUUUAUACAAAGUACUAAAAUUUUACAGCAGACGUAUUGUUUUCUCUUUAAAUUAUCCGUUCACUUAUUUAAAAAUUUCUAAAGUGUACUAGUUAUUGGAAACUCUUUUGCCCUAGAUUUCUACACAAGAACACAUACAAUUUUCUAAAACUUGGAAUAUUUUUUUGUUUCAUUCAUAGUUUGACUAGAUGGAAAAUUAUGAGUAAAGUAAGAAUAAUAUGGAAAACCCUUUACAUCCUUUUUUUAAGUACGAAAUUCGAACAAUAAAUUUUUAAAACAUAUCAUAGGACGGACAAUUUAGCGUCCAUUAAUUUAUCCGCCUUAAAGCCUCCGUGAUAAAAGGCAUAUUCUUCGAGCUCAUAAUAUACAUAUCGACCUUUGGUAAAAAAUAGCGAUGAAAAAAAGCCCUAUUCUGCUAACGAGUAAAAUGGUUAUAUAGCAAAAAAUAAUUAAAAUAAUAAUAAGAAAUUAAGUGAUGAACGCGUAACAAUGUGCACAGUCAAUUAAAUAAUAAUGAUAAUAUUAACUAUAAUAAAUAAUAAUAAUCGAAUUAAGGGGUAAGAUUUUUUUUCGUGAAUAUUUUUCUUCACAAGCAAAAGCUCAAAUGCGCACGGCAGCGUCUUCUCUUCGUACCACGUUCGAGUUAUUUUUAAAUGAGGUUUAUUUGAAGGACGCCGGGUUGGAAUAUCAGAGAAUGCAAAUCCAAAACUAUUUAAGAAAAAUGUAUUUUUGAAAUUUUCGUGUUUUUUACUUUGAGCUUUACAUGUAUUGUGCCUGGCUUAACAGUUAAAAAUCCAUCGCCAAUAAGUAAAAUUGCGAGCUUGGAAAACAAAAAUGUAAAAAUAUUUGUUCUCAACUGUUGAGCUAAAAAAGGGAUGUUAGCAAUAUUAUUUCGUGUGUUUAUACUUUUUCAAUGAAUAUUUAUUUUUAAUAUAUACAUACGAACAGUAGAU